AUGGUACCUCUAGUCAAAGUGCCAAAGAAGGAAGGACAAGCCUACCUGUCGGUCAUGCAGCUUGUGAAGGGCCUAAAGAAGGGGGAGCCGACGUUCAUAGCCACCAUUGCGAGCUCGGAUGAAGACAAUGGUGCUAAAGAUGCAUUGCCACCUUGCAUAGAGAAGGUGCUUGAAGAAAAUAAAGAUAUGAUGCCCGAAGAGUUGCCGAGACACCUAUCUCUAAGGCGUGAGGUAGACCACAAGAUCAAGAUGGAGCCAGGAGCGAGGCCGCCUGCAUACCCGUCAUACCGCAUGGCUCCACCUGAGUUAGAGGAGAUAAGAAAGCAGUUGAAGGAGCUUUUCGAUGCUAGGACUCAUCUCAACUCAAGCACAUACUUCGAAAUAAAUAUGAUGGGGCCCCACACGUAUGCAAAGAAGGCCCGAAUCUUAGGAAAAUUUUUGAGGGGUGUUACAGUGGUAGUCUACUUGGAUGACAUAAUCAUCUAUAGCAAUACCUUGGAGGAGCACGUGGAGCAUUUGAUGAAAGUGUUUCAAGUCUUAUGCGAGAAUGAGCUUUUCAUCAAAUGGGAGAAGUGCGAGUUCGACCAAUAUGAAGUGCACUUGUUGGGAUAUAUUAUUAGCCAGGGAGAAUUACGAAUGGACGAAGAAAAAGUUCGGGCCAUCAAGGAGUGGGAGGUGCCCACAAAGGUAACCGAACUUAGAUCUUUUAUUGGACUUACUAACUACUACUGCAGGUUCAUAAGUGCCUACUCCGCCAAAGCCGCUUCACUUACCGAGCUACUGAAGAAGAAUAAGCCAUGGGGUUGGAGCGAGGAGUGCUAG